AUGACACCCAAUCCAGAUGGCUCUCUGUCUCAAGCGGCCAUGAUGCAGAGUGCUCUGGCUAAGGAGAGGCGGGAGCUGAAGCAGGCGGCGCGGGAGGCAGAGAUGGACUCCAUCCCCAUGGGGCUGAAUAAACAUUGGGUGGACCCGCUGCCAGACGUUGACGGCAGGCAGAUUGCAGCUAACAUGAGAGGUAUUGGCAUGAUGCCUAACGACAUCCCAGAGUGGAAGAAGCAUGCCUUUGGAGGCAACAAGGCCUCCUAUGGUAAGAAGACCGCGAUGUCCAUCCUGGAGCAGAGGGAGAGUCUGCCCAUCUACAAGCUGAAGGAGCAGCUCAUUCAGGCUGUUCAUGACAACCAGAUCCUGAUUGUGAUUGGAGAGACAGGGUCCGGUAAGACCACGCAGAUCACUCAGUACCUGGCGGAGGCCGGCUACACCACCAGGGGGAAGAUCGGCUGCACACAGCCCCGUCGUGUGGCCGCCAUGUCCGUGGCCAAGAGGGUCUCUGAGGAGUACGGCUGCUGUCUAGGACAAGAGGUAGGUUACACCAUCCGUUUCGAGGACUGCACCAGCCCUGAGACGGUCAUCAAGUACAUGACGGACGGCAUGCUGCUGAGAGAGUGUCUCAUCGACUCUGAGCUGGGCCAGUACGCCAUCAUCAUGUUGGACGAAGCUCACGAGAGGACAAUCCACACUGAUGUGCUUUUUGGUUUGCUCAAGAAGACUGUAAUGAAACGCACAGACAUGAAGCUGAUCGUAACAUCAGCCACACUGGAUGCCGUGAAGUUCUCUCAGUAUUUCUAUGAAGCGCCCAUCUUCACCAUCCCAGGAAGAACUUACCCAGUGGAGGUUCUCUACACCAAAGAGCCUGAGACGGACUACCUGGAUGCCAGUCUCAUCACUGUCAUGCAGAUCCAUCUGACUGAACCUCCAGGGGACGUCCUGGUGUUUCUGACGGGACAGGAAGAAAUCGACACUGCUUGUGAGAUCCUGUACGAGAGAAUGAAGUCCCUGGGUCCCGAUGUUCCUGAACUGAUCAUUCUGCCAGUUUAUUCUGCGCUGCCCAGUGAGAUGCAGACCAGGAUCUUUGACCCCGCACCCCCCGGCAGCAGAAAGGUGGUCAUUGCCACAAACAUUGCAGAGACAUCUCUGACCAUCGAUGGAAUCUACUACGUGGUGGAUCCUGGCUUUGUGAAACAGAAAGUGUACAACUCAAAGACCGGCAUCGACCAGCUGGUGGUGACACCCAUCUCACAGGCGCAGGCCAAGCAGAGGGCGGGUCGAGCCGGCAGGACGGGCCCCGGGAAGACCUACAGGCUCUACACUGAGAGGGCCUACAGGGACGAGAUGCUGACCACCAACGUGCCAGAGAUCCAGAGAACCAACUUGGCCAGUACUGUGCUCUCUCUGAAGGCCAUGGGCAUCAACGACCUCCUGUCCUUUGACUUCAUGGACGCUCCUCCCAUGGAGACUCUGAUCACAGCCAUGGAGCAGCUGUACACUCUGGGAGCGCUGGAUGAUGAAGGCUUACUCACACGCCUGGGGAGACGGAUGGCGGAGUUUCCUCUGGAGCCCAUGCUGUGUAAGAUGCUGAUCAUGUCCGUCCAUCUGGGCUGCAGUGAAGAGAUGCUCACCAUCGUCUCCAUGCUGUCUGUGCAGAACAUCUUCUACAGACCUAAGGACAAACAGGCCCAGGCUGACCAGAAAAAGACAAAGUUCUUCCAGCUGGAGGGAGACCACCUGACCCUGCUGGCUGUCUACAACUCCUGGAAGAACAACAAGUUCUCCAACCCCUGGUGUUUCGAGAACUUCGUCCAGGCUCGCUCCUUAAAGAGAGCCCAGGACAUCCGCAAGCAGAUGCUGAGCAUCAUGGACCGACACAAGCUGGACGUGGUAUCUUGUGGAAAAGCUACAGUGCGGGUCCAGAAAGCCAUCUGCAGCGGUUACUUCAGGAACAGUGCCAGAAAGCACCCCCAUGAUGGCUACCGUACCCUGAUCGACCAGCAGGUGGUGUACCUCCACCCCUCCAGCACCCUCUUCAACCGCCAGCCUGAGUGGCUUGUGUACCAUGAGUUGGUGCUGACGACCAAGGAGUACAUGCGGGAGGUGACCACCAUCGACCCCCGCUGGCUGGUGGAGUUCGCCCCAGCGUUCUACAGAGUGGCCGACCCUCAUCGCCUCAGCCGGCAGAAGAAGCAGCUGAAACUGGAGCCUCUGUACAACCGCUACGAGGAGCCCAACGACUGGAGAAUCUCCCGCGCCUUCAGACGACGCUGAAUACUUCCUGUGCCUCACAUUAUUAUUUCAUGUGGACAAUCUGUGUAGUUAAUACUACCUUUUCUUGGAUUAGAAUUUUAUAUUCAUUCAGUAAUGCUUUAUUUAGCCUUGAUAUCCUUGUCUUAAAUUGGUCAACACUUCCUGUAUUACAUUUUCUAUUAGGGUGACAUUAGGGUGAUAAAUGUUAUUGUUAAGAAAUUGCAAUAUUGAUAAUUGUUUUUCGUAAUUGUAGAUAAACACUGGAUGCACUUUUAAUUGCUUUUGCCUCUUAAUU